AUGAUAGCGUCGUCGCUCUUGCCGACGCGGUUUCGCGGUGAGCCCACGCUCUCGCAAACCGCCAAACCAACAUGGCUGGGCAAGAAGAUGACCCCUGGUCUCCAAUUCCUCGCCCGUCUCGCCUGCUCGCACCCAAUCCACCUGGUGGUGCUUGUGACCAUCCUCGCCAGCACCUCCUACGUCGGUCUGAUUCAGGACAGCCUCUUUGACGGCGCUACAAGCGUGGGUAAGGCCGACUGGACGUCCCUGAUUGAAGGCAGCCGCAGUCUACGUGCUGGACCCGAUACGCAGUGGAGGUGGCAGAAUGCCGAGGGCAACUACUCCUACGACGCUGACCAUCUUGCCCUGCUCACGCUCGUUUUCCCGGACACCCUUUCCACCGAGUCGCCUAGCACUGCGCCGCUCUCGCACACUAUCCCGACCAACAAAAACCUGUCCGUUACGCCUCUUCCCUCCACCGAAAACCCCUUCUCGACCUACACCCAGGACAGUAUUCUUGCGUAUGCGCUGCCCUUCUCGGAAGCUCCCGAGUUCGUGUCUGUUGCUCAGGAGAUCCCUAAUGCGGAUGCUGAGGAAACGGAGACCGGCCAUGGCCGCGAGAAGAAGAUGUGGAUCAUGAAGGCGGCCAAGGUGACCACGCGCAACACGGUUGCGCAGUGGGCCAAGAAUGCCUGGGGCGAGUUCCUGGACCUGCUGAAGAAUGCCGAGACGUUGGACAUCUUCAUCAUGGUCCUGGGCUACCUGUCUAUGCACCUGACCUUUGUGUCGCUCUUUGUCUCCAUGCGUCGCAUGGGUUCCAAUUUCUGGCUGGGCAUGAACACGCUCUUCUCGUCCGUUUUUGCCUUCCUGUUCGGCUUGGCAGUGACGACACGGCUCGGCGUCCCUGUCAGUGUCGUCCUGCUGUCGGAGGGUCUGCCCUUCCUCGUGGUAACCAUUGGCUUCGAAAAGAACAUUGUCCUAACCAAGGCCGUACUUUCGCAUGCCAUUGAGCAUCGCAAGGCUCAGUUGCAGGAGUCCAGGAAGGAGAAGACGCGGGGCAAGAAGGUCGCAGAGCCCUCCACCCAGGGUCUUAUUCAGUAUGCCAUCCAGGCCGCCGUGAAGGACAAGGGCUACGAGAUCAUCCGCGACUACGCCAUUGAGAUUGUCAUCCUCGCCAUCGGCGCCGUUUCAGGCGUCCAGGGCGGUCUGCAGCAGUUCUGCUUCCUCGCCGCUUGGAUCCUCUUCUUUGACUGCAUCCUGCUCUUCACAUUCUAUACGGCUAUUCUGAGCAUCAAGCUCGAGAUCAACCGCAUCAAGCGCCACGUGGAGAUGCGCACGGCUCUCGAGGAUGAUGGCCUCAGCCGCCGCACUGCCGAGAACGUCGCCCGGAGCAACGACGACAAGGAGCCUCAGGAGACUUCGCUGUUUGGUCGCAAGAUGAAGAGCAGCAGCGUGCCCAAAUUCAAGGUGCUCAUGAUCACAUUCUUCAUUGGCAUCAAUGUGGUCAACUUGUGCACAAUCCCCUUCCGCAACCCUGGUUCAUUGUCGAGCAUUCGUUCGUGGGCCGGUGGUCUCGGCGGCGUGGUCUCGAGCCCACCCGUCGAUCCCUUCAAGGUUGCUGCCAACGGGCUCGAAAGCAUCCUCGCCUCGGCCAAGUCAAGCAAGAUCCCUACACUCGUCACCAUUCUCACACCUAUCAAGUACGAGCUUGAGUUCCCCUCGGUACACUAUGCGCUUUCGACUGGCAUUGGUGGCAGUGGCACCGGGCCCGACACUUUCGGUCAGCUCAAUGAUUAUGGCGUCGGCGGUCGCAUGGUGGGAAGCCUGCUCAAGAGCCUCGAGGACCCCGUGCUCUCCAAGUGGAUCGUGAUCGCGCUCGCCUUGAGCGUCGGCCUCAAUGGGUACCUCUUCAACGUCGCCAAGACUGGUAUCAAGGAGCCCGAGAGGAGCGUCGAUCGCGCCGAGCUUGCCAACGCUGAGCGCUUCAAUGAUACUGGCUCAGCUACUCUACCUCUCGGCGAGUACGUUCCCCCGACACCUCAGCAGACUCGCCCCGCAACGCCCGCCAUCACCGAGGACGAGUCGGACGGUACGCUUGUUCGGAGGAAGAAGGCCCCCAUCAUUGACUCGGGGAUCCUGCGAACCAAUGAUGAGCUCGAUGUCAUGUUGGCGGAGAAGCGCAGCAGCGAGAUGACCGAUGAGGAGGUUGUCAGCAUGUCCAUGCGCGGGAAGAUUCCUGGUUACGCUCUGGAGAAGACACUUCAGGAUCAUGAGCGCGCUGUCAAGAUCCGCCGGGCCAUCAUUUCGCGAACCAAGGCUACGAGGGACGUGACCAGCUCGCUCGAACGCUCCAAGCUGCCGUACGAGAACUACAACUGGGAGCGCGUUUUUGGCGCCUGCUGCGAGAACGUCAUCGGCUAUAUGCCCCUACCUGUUGGUGUUGCCGGUCCCCUGGUUAUCGACGGUCAGAGCUACUUCAUCCCCAUGGCUACGACCGAGGGUGUCCUGGUGGCCAGUACAAGCCGCGGCUGCAAAGCUAUCAACUCUGGCGGUGGCGCCGUGACUGUGCUGACUGCUGAUGGUAUGACUCGCGGUCCCUGCGUCGGCUUCGAGACACUGGAACGCGCUGGCGCAGCCAAGCUAUGGCUGGACUCGGAUGCGGGCCAGAACAUGAUGAAGGAUGCCUUCAACUCGACCAGUCGCUUCGCUCGUCUGCAGACGAUGAAGACAGCGCUGGCCGGCACCAAUCUGUACAUCCGCUUCAAGACUACGACCGGCGACGCAAUGGGUAUGAACAUGAUCUCCAAGGGUGUCGAGCACGCACUGAGUGUCAUGGCCACCGAGGGUGGCUUUGAGGACAUGGCCAUCAUCUCCGUCUCUGGCAACUUUUGCACGGACAAGAAACCCGCUGCCAUCAAUUGGGUUGAUGGACGUGGUAAGAGCAUCGUCGCCGAGGCCAUCAUCCCCGGCGAGGUCGUCAAGUCUGUUCUGAAGAGUGACGUCGACGCGCUCGUGGAACUGAACAUCUCCAAGAACCUGAUCGGUUCGGCCAUGGCUGGUUCGGUGGGUGGUUUCAACGCCCACGCCGCCAACAUUGUCGCGGCCAUCUUCCUCGCCACCGGCCAAGACCCCGCUCAGGUCGUUGAGAGUGCCAACUGUAUUACCACCAUGAGGAAUCUUCGUGGAUCCCUCCAGAUUGCGGUAUCCAUGCCUUCCAUCGAGGUGGGCACCCUGGGCGGCGGCACCAUUCUCGAACCUCAAUCGGCUAUGCUCGACAUGCUUGGUGUCCGUGGCUCGCAUCCCACCAGCCCUGGUGAUAACUCGCGCCGCCUCGCCCGCAUCAUUGGUGCUGCGACACUUGCUGGAGAACUCUCGCUGUGCAGUGCCCUUGCGGCUGGACAUUUGGUGAAGGCGCACAUGGCACACAACCGCAGCGCGGCGCCGUCCAGGAGCACCACACCCGCACCGACGGCCCAGACCCCAGUGUCGCUGGCCAUGACAAGUGCUGCUGCGCAACAGAGGAAACGCUGA